ACCCACCGCAGCGGAAACCACCUCAACACCACCCACCGCAGCGGAAUCCACCUCAACACCACCCACCGCAGCGGAAUCCACCUCAACACCACCCACCGCAGCGGAAUCCACCUCAACACCACCCACCGCAGCAGAAUCUACCUCAACACCACCCACCGCAGCCGUCCCAUCUUCAACACCACCCGCCGCCAUCAAACC